CGACGAGUUGUUCUCUGUUCAAAAGGCUGUUUGUCGUUGUUUGUUUCAGUUCAGUUAUUCAUCGUUGCUGUUCUUCUCCAAACCUAUUGAAAUGUGGUCGACAUCCAUUGUGAUAUUGAUCGUUUCCAGCGUAAUUACCUGCUAUGGACAACACUCUACGCCGAUCGUUAACAUCCAAGGGCUGGGAAACGUUCAGGGAUCGGUUGGACAUACAUCAUGGACGAACAGGACGAUCUACAGCUUUCAAGGUAUUCCGUAUGGUCAAGCCCCGAUUGGAGAUUUGCGGUUUAGACCUACAGUGAAGGUCGGUGCCUGGAGUGGUACCAAGGAUGCAUCGAAGCCCGGCAUUCGAUGUCCGCAGCUAACUUCGGACAACGUUGACAACGAAGACUGCCUCACCUUAUCAGUGUAUUCCAACAGUUUAGAUACCGUUCACCCGGUGAUGGUGUACAUUCAUGGAGGUUGGUUUUUCGCGGGGGGUGCUGAUGAUUACAAACCGGACUUUCUUCUGGAAUCGGACAUAGUGUUGGUCGUGAUUCAAUACCGGUUGGGACCGCUCGGGUUCCUAAGUGCCAUGAACGCUGAUAUUCCUGGAAAUGUUGGAAUGCUGGACGUUAUAGCUGCAUUGGACUGGGUUCAACAGUACAUAGGGUACUUUGGUGGAAACAGCUCUCAGGUGACGAUCUUUGGUGAAUCUGCUGGAGCGGCUGCCGUUUCCGUAAUGCUUCACAGCCCCUUGGUCCAAAGUCGCAUGGUGCCUUUGUUCCAGAAAGCGAUUCUUCAAUCCGGAUCGGUGUUUGCUCCGUGGGCUAUAAGCGAUGAACCUCUGGAUGGAACCAACGAUAUCGUUAGACGCUUGGGCUGUACGGGAACCAGCAUGGAACAGUGUUUUCGUGGAGCCUCCGUAAGAAGUCUCCUGGAAGCAUUCGCAGCUCAUCGAUCGGAAACCGUUACGAACCGUGGAUAUCCGUAUGUAGCCGGAACAGGCAUUGUAGUCGGAGGUCCCUCGGAGUUGUUUCCCCAGCAUCCCAUAAAUUACCUUGAAAGCUCCAACAAAGACAUUGCCGUCAUGGCUGGCACAACUUCGCAGGAUGGGUUAUUUCUGCUGGACGAGCUGCACCAACUGCAACCACAACUUCUCAAGUCACUGAACAGUUCCCACGAAUUGCUGCACUACGUUCGCACACUGCAUGGAAAGUUUGGUCAUACUAAUCACGAUGGAUCCUUGGAGGCGUAUGCCCUUGGCGAUAACUUCCUGAUGCGAGAAAUCGAUCAGCUGCGAUGGGAGGAUCUUGUGGCAAGUUUGACUGAUAUUUGCGGCAAGCAUGGAAUAAAGGCCCCCGUAGUGACGGAGAUCCAUGCCUUUUCCCGUGUGAAUCCAGGCAACGUGUACCUUUACAGUUUCGACUAUUCCAGUGCGUUGACGAAGAAGAACCUAAAUGUGCCAUUCCCGCAUAAAGGAGCGGUUCACCAUGCCGAAGAUCUCCAGUAUUUGUUCCCGAGGGAGGAGUUGAAUGCGGAUGAUAUCAAGAUGGCGAAGACCAUGGUUCAACUAUGGACGUCGUUUGCCAUUCGAGGGGUCCCCAGUGCGAAGGAUGUCUCAUUCUGGCCACCGGCGGAUCGGCUUUUUGGACCAUACCUGAAGAUCAACACCAAGAGUGAGCAGAGAAAUAACUAUCUCAACGAAUUCACAGCCACUGCGGACAAGUACAGGACGUACGGAGCUGGAAGUCGAAUGACCGGAUCGAUUGGAUCAAUUUUCGCUGUUGUGAUUGUCGGCUUUGCGUCGAAGCUGAGUUUCACUAAGAGGGACACAUCCGACCGUGGAAGUGUCCAUACCCUAAAGAACAGUGGUCUCCAGGAUGACGCCACUGCAACCAACGGUAGUGACGUCGGUGAUUUCGGUGGGUCCGUUGAAAACAUGGCCACGGGCGGCCAGAACGGACCGAGAGUGAAACUCCCACCUCUGGUGGUGAAGUCAGUACCACUCGACAAGGUGGCUCAAGAGAUGGCAACCCUCGGCGUCGCUGCCGAGUACAAGCUGUGCGGGAUUGGCACGAAGAUCAUCCUCCACACCAAAGCGGACUACAACGAAGCUUUGGCUUCGCUGAAGAAUUCCAAAGUGGAAUUUUUCACACACGACAUGCCGGGCGACAAGCCAUUUAGGGUAGUUUUCCUAGGCCUUCCGAAUUUCGAAACGAAGGUGAUCGAAAUUAAAGACCGCUUUUGCACCAAGGACCAUGCCUCCUCCGACUGCCCAGAGGACAGUCCUGAGGUUAUCAAGUGUGUCAACUGUGGCGGUGCUCAUCAGGGCUCUAGCAGUCAGUGCCCCAAACGCGAAGAGUUCAAGCGUAUCCGAAAGGAUGCAUCGACCUCCAACCAACCAGGACAUCGCGGACAGGCAGGCCGUAAUGGCAUAAGUAAGGUUGUGUGUUGUUUUGGUUUGGGUCGAAAACAUCAGAAUCUCUGUUUUGUGUACACAUCUUCGCAUUUUCGCGUUCUUCUGCCCCGAUCAGCACUGACGAUGAGUUUGCAACUUGGUGGCUCAGUGCCGGUUUUCGAUGAAGCUCCUGAGAUUGCACUGCCGAAUUUGGGAACUCUACGUGGUUCGACUGCCGAGAGUGCAUUCACCGGUAGGAAGAUUCUUCAGUUUUUGAGUGUCAAAUAUGGAGAAACUACGGCUGGAGAGUACAGAUUUAAGCCUCCAAGAAAAGCGCUCCCAUGGGAAGGUGUUCGCGAUGUAUCGCGAUAUGGUCUACCGUGUCCUCAGUUGAAGCUGAUUUCGCUGUUCAAUGGAAAGCAGUUCGCUCCCGAUGUCGAAGACUGCUUAACGCUUUCGGUUUAUACAAAUCAGCUAUCCGGCUCAAAACCAGUUAUGUUCUUCAUCCACGGUGGAGGUUUCUACGAGGGAGCCGGUUCGAACCAAACGCCGGAGUUCCUGCUGGAAAAGGACAUCGUCCUGGUUGUAGUCCAAUACCGUCUCGGCCCGCUAGGGUUUCUUUCGACCCGAACCGAAGCCAUUCCCGGCAAUGCCGGUUUGAUGGACAUCAAACUUGCUCUCGAGUGGGUGCGUGAUAACAUCGGUCACUUUGGAGGCGAUGCCGGAAAUGUGACCCUCUUCGGACAAUCCGCAGGCGCGGCUGCCGUUUCGGCGUUGAUGUACAGUCCCAUGGUUCCAGAAAAUUUGUUCCACAAGGUGAUUCUACAAUCUGGGGGAUCAAGUGCCCCUUGGGUGUGGGACAAGGAUCCGGCUGAGCAUGCACGGGAAAUUGCCACCAUCAUGGGUUGCGAUCCCAAUGCUGAUAAGCCCCGGAAGAUCGUGAUGCCUCUGAUGGAGGUCGAACGUUGUAUGCACCAGGUGGACGUGUGGCAUUUGCUGAGAAGCUUCAUCGAACACAAAACGCGGUCCACCGCGGCCAAGGGAUUGGGCGACGUUGGAGGUAAUCGGCUCACCGUGCAGGACUAUCAUGGAUUCUUACCACAAAAGCCUUGGGAGAUGAUCAAAGCGGGGAGGAAUCGUCCUAAUCUACCGAUGAUGGCCGGGGUGGUAAAGCACGAAGGAACAUUCUUGCUUACCUCGAUCUACGAUGGUUUGAAGAACCGAGGAUUGCUGGAUGAUCCCAACUUUGUCAAGUACGGUUUGUUGGAACAGGUGAAUAAGAUUUUGGGAGCUGAAGACCCCAGUGGAUCGUUGGCUGGGUACCAGAUUCGGUCGUUGUUUAGCCAGGAGCAGCUUGCCAGUGGGAAGUUUGAAAAUCUAACCGAUGGGUUAAAUGAUCUUGCAGGAACGAUCCUGGUCAAGGCAGCACUGCUUCGGGAAGCCCAAGCUAACAGUGCCGUAAAUCCGAACGGGACAUUCCUAUACUCGUUUGACUACCGUGGAGAGCAGACUCGGUUUGGUUAUGGAGCGGAUACGUCCCACUAUCCAUUUGAUGGUGGAGUUCACCACUCCAAUGAUUUGCUGUAUUUAUUUCCGUUUCCUCCCGGUGAACCGAAGCUCAAUGAAGGGGAUGCCAAGAUAGCUCGAAAGAUGGUAGAUUUGUGGACUAGUUUUGCUGCCACUGGUGUACCCAGGAGUGAGCUGACCGGAGAUGUCGAGUGGAAGCCGAUGAGUGACUACGCUGGUCCGUACCUUCACAUCGACGAAAGUCUCCGUCUGGGAAGCAACUUUUACGAGGAAUUCACCGUGGCCAGCGACGAGAAACGCCGUUCGUCACUCAAGGGAGCAGAAUGAAAUCCAAACUUUUUUUGUCUUCAUUUUCUCAGGAAUCCAUCAGUGAUCCUGAGAUCCUAAUUAGCGUGUAGACAGAAUAACACGUUUCUCGAUGCUUUAUGCCUUUGUAGAUGUGUGGAAUAAAUGGCACUUUUU